UCAAAAAAGAUCAACAGUCUAUCGUCUAUUCAUCUAUAUUUCGAACCAAUAUGCGGUUCUUCUUCAGGAUGCUAAAAUCACACAAAUUACAAAGUUAGAGUUGGAAAGUUGCAAAAACAACAAUUCAUGCUUACAUCUGAGAAGACAGAAUUAUUAAAGAUGAUAAGUACAGCUAUAAAAGGUCUUCUACUCAUAAAAAUCAAUCAAAAUCACAAUCAAUCUAGAAAUCUCAGAAACGUUGCCGUAAUGCAUUCGUCAAAUUUAUAGGUUAACAUUCAUAGACAGGGGAAUACAGAGAAAACAACAAUUCACGAAGUAACUAGAGCUAGUUAUACAAAUUAUCCAGCAGGAAUGGUCCAGAGUAAGUCAGGUCACAACCAUAGAUAUAUCACUUUUUCUAAUAAUCAUAAAGUUUUUAUUUGAGUCCAGCUAUUUUGUUCUCGAGGGUUCCUUCAUUUCACAAAUCUUUGGUUGUGCAAUGGGGAGUAAAAUCAGUCCCAUUUUCGCUAAAAUAGUCAUGUCAGUGCUUUUGAAAUAUUGCAUUCCUCUACUGCCCUUCCAGGUGCCGAUUACCUAUCAAUACGUUGAUGACCUUCUCCUUGCUAUUCCCGAAGACAGGACUGCUACGACUUUGGCAGUUUUCAAUAACUACGACCCACACAUUAAGUUUACUGCAGAAGAAGAAACUGAAAAUGGUGUCCCAUUCCUUGACACCAAAGCUAUCAGAUGUGCAGAACAAUGGUUACCCCAGGAUGUUUUUGAACAGAUGUCUGCAUUCUCUAUCUUCUAACCAAAUCGACGAAGUCCCACAGAUAAGAACAUCGACAUCAGUCGACCCUGCCACACAUGACAAAUAUGCAAGCCUGCCCCUCAUUCCACCAUUAACAGCCAAACUAAAGAUAAGAUCCACACCAUGUCUAGAUCUGACGUGGUUUAUCGCAUUCCAUGUGAGAACUGUGAGCCUGUGUAUGUUGGACAGACAUCACAAUGUUUAAAAAGAC